CGGUUUCUCCACGGCUUCAUCAGGGACAAAGUGGGUAGGUUGCCCUCCACGACAACUCAGACAACAUCAACACAAGCAACCAACUUCAGCUCCAACGAUAUCUCGAUCCAAUAACGCCUACUUAUCCACAAAACAGUAGAGAACUAACAAGAUUACUUUUCUUUAUCGUCAAACCAUCCCUUGCAAGAUUCCAUGAACCACGCGACGAAUCUGAAUCUGUCUCUGCCCCUCCCUCCAUCAUGGAUCUAGGGGACUCUAUCAAUCCCGAAGGACAGCCUGAGGAAAACCCUCGCACUCUCCCUGCAGAUCUACCCAGAUCUCUCGAUGACAGAAGGCAUGUGCCCAACGAGCACCUCAUCACCGAGACCGAGAUGUACGAUGGUUGGCAAGGCCAGUCCCAGUUCCUCACCACACCAGCUAUAGCAAAGCCUCUUAACUUCGGCAACCUGUCGCUAAACGACCCCGAAUACGAGGAUGACAUUACCAAAGGACCCAAAGACAGCGACACGCGAUUAAUGGAAAUGCUGGCCGCCCAGGCAGCGCACCAAGCAGCUCCUGCUUUCGAGAACGAAGAUGAGGUCGUGAAUAGUGAAAAUCUGUCCGAGGCGGAGAAGAAGGAGAAACUACAAAAGGCCCUCAACAUGGCUGCGAGUAACGGCGAUGUCGACAGAAUUCGAAAGCUUCUCAAUGGGAAGGCAAAAUACUAUCUUGAUUUGGACGCUGAAGACGAGGAUGGAACACCGCCCCUUAUCUAUGCUAGCUGCUUUGUGGGUGAGCCGUCAUAUCUUGCACAUACAUCACUGACCUUCAUUUAGGGCCAUGAACCUGUUGUCCAAGCAUUGAUCGAUGCGGGUGCCGACGUAAACAAACAAGACCGUAAUCAAUGGACAGCUCUAAUGUGGGCCAUGACAAAUCGACACAAGGGUAUUGCUAAACUACUCCUCGAUAAUAAUGCCUCCUCCGACCAAAAGACCUCGUCGGGACGAACAGCAUUCGACUUUGUUCCCCCGGACAGCGAGAUGUCAUUCUAUCUCCACGACAAUGGCUACAAUAUUGGAAGCGCCGGAACGGAUGACUUUUACCGACCUGGGUUCUCCCAGGAUAGGUUCGAGGAAGAGAUGGCCGAGAAUGAGAUGCGAAGAAGGCUGAUGAUGGAGAGUGCUCGUGAUCUCGAGGUUGACCUGGGAAACGUGGGUAUGGAUGACCAACCCGAGCCUGUCGAUGAGUUUGAGGAAGAGCAGCAAGAAUUCGACUGGAAUCGCUGCUUACAUGAUCAAAUGUUUGUUUUUCAAGAACACGAACUUGAACGCAUCCUUGAUAUCGUUAUUACCAAUAUGACGCCGCAAAGAUCACCGACACAGAAACCCGUGCCAGCCAACAUGAUAUUCCUCAGCGCACGAUAUGCGCAUUACCACUCAAGCCCCGAACUUCUGGAGCGACUCUUGGUGUCAGCUAUGGAUUACAUCAAUGACGUUGUUGAGAGGUGUCAGUGGGACAUGACUAUUCUAGCCUUUUGGAUCUCAAACGCCACCCUACUGCUUCACUACCUGAAGAAAGACCCUGGGCUUUUCGAGGCAACGGGUGAGUUCCAGGCGCAGCUGGCUGAAUUGAUAAAUGAGAUCUUUAUUCUUAUUGUGCGAGAUGCUGAGCGACGUCUGGACAAGGUCUUGGACGUAGCCAUGCUGGAACACGAGACUAUUCCCGGAUUCGAGGAUAUCACUUUCCAAAAUGAGUGGAAGCUCUUCAAGCGAAAGAAAGAAGUCAAAGAGGAGCCACCAGAAAAGCGAUUCAGACCACCAUCACCGAAGCAGCGAGCAAAGCCAGCACCCCGAAACGUCACCUCACUUCUCUCCUCUACUCUAUUUGUACUCGACCUUUACGAUAUCCACUCCGUGAUUACUGCGCAAAUCAUUUCCCAGCUUAUUUACUGGAUUGGAGCAGAGCUCUUCAACCGCAUUAUGUCAAAUCGAAAGUACUUGGCCAGAACAAAGGCCAUGCAGAUCCGCAUGAAUAUCUCCAUCCUAGAAGAUUGGGCUCGGACGAAUAAUAGACAGGCAGAGCACUUUGAAGGAGGUGAAAUGCGCUCUUCAGGGGAGUCAACAAUGGACGCUGCUCGAAGACAUCUGGCACCCGUAAUUCAGCUGCUCCAAUGGCUACAGUGCUUCUCGUCACUUAAUGGAGAUGAUAUGGAGGCUCUGGUUAUCACACUACAACAGCUCAAGAGACUGAGCCCCCAGCAACUCAUCCACUCAGCCAACCACUACAGGCCAGAAGUGGGCGAAAAGGGAUUGCCAAAAAGUGCUAUGAAAUACUUGAUCAAUCUACAGAAAGAGGCGGCACUCAAGCGGGAGAGACGGCGGAGUGGUGUACCUUCACCACAAAAGUCAGGCCAGGACAGCACGCCAGUGACACCGGUAAAGGGCCGGUCAAACGGGAACAAUCUCGCCACUCCUGGAAGUACUGCCAGUCCUCCAGAGGAUGACUGGGACGAAGAUGAUGACAUGCCAGAGCAUCUGCUGCUGGAUCCCGCCCUGAUGUUGCCUUUCGUGCUGCCGUCGGUAACUGACAUGCUUGUAACUUACGGCGCUGGACUUGGUGGAGUUAACCGUGAGCGAGAGCGCAAGUAUAUCCCCACAGUGCCACCGGAGUUUCUUGAGAAGUUAGAGGUGAGCGGCGGAACUAGGAAGGGCCCCAUGUUCGGCGAAGCAGACUGGGAGAAUGAAGAAGUUUGAUGAAGUGACACUAAGGCCGUCAAGAAUGCACGACCAAACCGGCAGACAGCGAGACUCGACCUGGAAGAUCCAAUGAUGGGGGAGGGCUGCUUCUGAGACUCUUUUGCGUAAGCAGCGAGGUCUCUCGCCGUUGAUAUUAAGGACUCAGUGAUAGAACGUGGACGUCAAGGAGCAUCCCACGGGCCAGAUUUGGCGAGUUAAGCCAGUGAUGGCAGAGACAACGGAAAGCCUCCUAUGCAACCUGUAAGGGGCAAAAAGCCCUGAGUGACGGGAGAAACCCCAUGGUGACGGACGCGCAUCCACUGCCACGUUCUCAACGCGUUGAAAGACUAUCACCAGACGGUGGAGCAUUUGGCAAACGGCCAAUCCUACACAGUUUCCAGAGCAGAAGAGGCAAAAUGGAAUAUGUAUUCAUUUGUGAUUCAAGCACGAGCGAGGUUGUAUAGUUCAGCAUAUGGCAAAUGGAGUCGUGGAAGGAGAAUCUAAAAACCUGAUGUUUUGCCAAUUCUUGGUUGCUUUUUGCUACCAUGAUCCGUCCAUGAGAGACAUGUGCCAGCCCUCUCAGCUCUCCCGUUUACCAGCCACCUGAUCGAACGGUGACUGUUUGACUCAUCAGACUUGUGGUUGCAGAGCAAGCUUCAAGCUUUGUGGGCCAAAUGCGCCGUACUCCAGCCUAGCAAGGGUUACGUAUCCACUUCAGAACAACGCAGCGUUGUCUUUUGCUGCAUGCACUCAACCGUUGGCAGUUUGGAUGUAGGCUAGAGGAUACUUCUUUUCUCUUUUCCCCAAUUGUGCGUUGUUUGUGUGCCCUACCUGUCCCAGAGCAGUCCUCAAUAAGCGUUUGUUGCUUGUUCAUCUGGUUUUUCCGUCACCUUGCCAGCCUCGAAAAUUCACAGAAGCGGCGCAGGAAAAAGACGAUUAAAAAUGUCCUUUACCGCUAUUCGCUGCUGUCUCCCGCCUCAUCAUCAGGAGAAGGGAAAAGAAAAGAAGUCCCCACUAACCACGCGGUAGACGGAUCAAGUGGAGGAAAAUGCAGCAGCAAGGGGUUGCCCGAUGAGUUGGCAUCGACAGACUAGGACAUGGGUCUAGGGCGGUGACAGCUACAGUUGCAGCGUUCAAAGAAGCCAUUCCAUGGGCAGAACGUGGACUCUCUACGGCCCCGUGGCCCGGCCGGGACGGAAGGGUAUGUGCAGCCUUCCCGGUGUCACUUACGAUAUUUCCUCCUUUUUGUUUUCAUUAUUAUGCAGGCUCCCUAUAAGCCAAACGAGGAGAAUCUCGUCUGUUCGAUGUUCCCUUAGCCGGCUUAACACCAAAGCAGGACAAAGUCCGAUCCCUGCAUGUAUCCCAGCAUAAAAAUGUCCCUAGGUUCGGGAGCGGGUAGAUCUUCCCAGGGCAGAUGGAUAUCACAUAGAUCGCUAUGUUAAGAUUCACGAUAAUCAUGUGAAGACAGAGACAAUUUCCAAAUUUGCUUUUUCGUCUUCGCCAAGAUAGGUUUUCCUGUUCUUGCUGGGGAAACGAAAAGAAGCAAUUCGAUAGUACUGAAUUUCGUGGUGCUUCAUGUAAGGGAGAGUUAAGUUCCGUGGUGGGCCUUGGUUAAGAAUGUGAUAGAGUGUAAGAGCUCGCAUAAAAAGGUCUCAAUUAAGCACAGCCUAUCGGGAGAUCAUCAUCUGAAUUUGACCCAGAGCUAGGGAGCCACUAACUCAGUAGUCGUAAACUCAUAAUUAUUUCAAGAAGAGGGUUUGGUUUCAAUUGUAAAAUUAAAGGAGUAGGUGUCAGGACUAAAGAUGAACGAGUGCUUAUUUGCUCAUCAGUACUCCGUAUAAGCACGCAAAACUCAUGGUGACGAACUGAUUAUGACACGCAUAGAGGAAAAACAGAGUUUGAUACGCGUUCUCGUGUAAUGAAAAUUAGUGGCGGCAACGUUAAGGCUCCGGGAGGGCUGCAAAGUUGAUUGUGUAGCUGAUCUAAAAAAGGCGAUUGCGUGGUUUACUUGCAUAGUAA